AUGCCCUUUCGGAAUCGGAAUUAUCUGACGGAAUUAUCCGUUUACGUUGUUGGACAUCCAGCAGGGGUUCGAUUGUCGCCAGUUAUUUAACCGUUUCGCAUAACGUUGCACGUAUUCGAAUAGAUCCGUCAAUAUAAUUAACUUCGUUUAUGUUUAGAAGACAUAAUUGGUACAGGCCUUCAUUCGCUUCAAUCUUCCUUUUUUUUUUUCUUUUAAAAAUAUCCGAACAACGCGAUGACGUUGUUGAUCUGUUUACAGGUGGGAUGGAUCCGCGUGGAGGAUAAGACGAUACUGUCGAUGGGGCAACGUACGGUGACGCACUCGCCGCGGUUUCUCGUCACGCUGGAGAACGCCAAGUCGAAGAAUCAGAGCCGGUCGAGGGAGGAGGAGGAGGCCACCUCGCGGCUGCACAUUCGCCAGCUUCGGGAAGCCGACCGAGGCUGCUACAUGUGCCAACUGAACACGAAGCCGAUGUUGAGCCAGCUGGGAUGCGUGGAUGGCGAGGUCUCCGUUCUGGAGGGUGAGAACGCCACGCUGUCGUGCAAGGCCUCCGGAAGGCCGUCACCUCGCGUGCUCUGGCGACGCGAGAAAAGUGGUUCCAUACUUAUGAGGGGUCUCCACGAUCCGCUGAUACCA